GACCGUUUAGGUCGUGAAUGAAGCCGUGCUUUUCCCCUUCAUUCAUUUAACGGAAUGCGCAUGCGCUUGGUUGGGAAUGGCGACGACAGCCGUGUUUAACUGACCGGCCGUUUUUGUGCACGACAUUCAGUUCCUUUAUUCCCUUCGACGCGUUAAGUUCGCAGCUUCUAUCGACCGCUCCAUAGACAAAUCUGUGGUUGCUUCGUUCGCACGUGGAUUCGCAUUUGAAUUUAAAUUCUCGACGAACGGCUCCACUCUCCACGUUACCUGUGUGUGUGUGAGAGAGUUUUGAUCGAUUUAGCACACACCUGUCAAACACGCGCGUGUGACAGCAGCAGAUCGUGAUCGAGCGUGAUCGUGUGCGGGUGUGUUUGUAUUGUUAAACAGCAGGAACGAAUCGAAACGUAGCCGUUUCCUUGGCAACCGAAGGGCGCUAACGCAGCAACUGUAGCCUGUCGUCCGUCGUCCGUCGUCUGUCGCGCGUCACUUUGGGUGUGCUGCUGCUGUGCAGUGUCUCGCUACUAAUUAAACGUGGAAAGAAAAAAACCAUGAAGCAAUUUGGACUGGGAGUGGUUUUCCUGCUGGCCGCCGUAGAGAGUGCAACGGCCAUCAGCUGCUACGUGUGCAAUACGACCGACUCGACGACACCGUUCCAGUGCAGCGAAUGGUUCGAACGGUUCGAUACGCCCGACCUGAAGCCGGUCGACUGCUCCAACGUGUACGGGGCCAAGUUCUGCAUCAAGCACAUUGGCCGCUUCGAAGCGUGCGGUAUCCUUUGCUACCAGUGCUCGUCCGCCCACUCCAUGUACUGUUCGGACAUGCUGGUCGCGGACGAGGCGUCCCCCUUCAAGCCGGAACCGUGCGAUCACGUGUUCGAGGCCGAGUACUGCAUCAAAUCGACGGCAAUGCAUGAUGGAAUUGGUGCUAAGCGUUACUGCUCGUCGCGCGAUCUCGGCAACUACUGCAACUAUGUGCGCAAUCCGGGCGAUCAGAUCGAGUACCGAUCGUGCAUCUACACCUGCGACACGGACGGGUGUAACAGUGCUCCACGCUCGGCGCAGUUCGUUUCCAGCACAGUGCUAGUGGUGCUGCUUCCCUUCAUCCAGCUUCUUGCUGCUUCUCUUCUCCGGAAGGUGACGCUUUAGAUGUGCAUUUUUGGGUAUUGGCUGUAGCGUAUCAUCCAUCGUUUUACCAACCAACCAGAUGAGACUUUCGUGAGAUUCUUUUGCUCGAAAGCAUUUCCGUUUUCCGUCCAUUCUUUUCCAUCCAACAUUCCAACAUUGCGCACCAAGACACGGUGCAGUGUACACCACAAUAUGUUCAAAUGUACUAGAAUAAUGAAUAGUGUUUAGUGAGUGGAUUUUUAAAUAAUAAUAAAAACACGUGACAAAGAAUCCUCCAAUAGAAAAACAA